AUGGCGACCCCAGCUGCACCCCACAAGCAUACGGAUCUGUCUGCCAACGAGGCACUCUACAACCACCUCGUUUUGCCCCCUCAACUACCUCACCGCGAAGACCCGAAUCUUGCCGAAAUCGAGAAUGCACUCAUAGAUCGCGUUUUGGGAGCUAUCAGGAGCCUACGAGACAUUCCCGACAAUAAGAGUUCGGGACCGACCUGGGCUGCUGUUAGUCGCAGCAUUCAGGCUACCAAAAACAUCCAUUUCGGCGGACGGGUUGAUCGCUCUGUUCUCGCAAGGGAGUUGAACAGCCUUGGAGAAUUCGACUUCCUCGUGGUCUACGUUCACUGCCAGAACUGCGCUUUGUACAUUCGGCGCUCAAGGGAUCCUGUUCUUGGACCAUCCGUCAUUAUCGAGGCUUUCGAAGCCUCCGCCCGAAACGAGGAUAUCCUCGCUGCCGAGAACGCUCUCCAGUGGGACUUCCCUGGAUGCGCCGUUGCCAUCUCCAUGGAGACCUUUUUCGACGAUGGCUUCAUUAACAAUUUUUCGUCAUUUAUUGAAAAUGCAUCUCGCGAAUCCAUCAAAGAUUUUGCUGCACACACGUUCAAGGCUGGUGCCACCAUCUUCGAGUAUCGCAAUACUCCUGAGCCUGCCUUGGUCAGUUCCAUGUUGAUGGGGAUUCUUGAAUCCAACGGCCGUCGAUUCGCACCCACGCUGCUACAAAAGAAGAUCCGAGACGAUGUGUGCUGGAAGAAUGCAAAGAGCCCUUGGAGGCGCUUGCCGUACUGGCUUGUCUUGCGUGUGGCAAUCGCGCGUUUCCUCUCUGCUCGGAUGGGUGGUGAAAUUGGUCGUGCUGAGUACAAAUUCUUCGUCCUGCAGGUUCUUGCCGAGUUCCUCUUCAGCUUUCAGGGCUCAGAGACCAGCAUUGAGCGUAUGGAUUACCUCAAAAAGAAGAUUUGUCGGCGGAUUGUCAAACUCGAGGCCGACAAGGAUCGUGCAUGGAGUCCCAGCACCCUGAUUCGCAUUGAGUACCUCUUUAUUAGAUCGGAACCAUACCUCAGGAAAGCCGUAAACUUCGCAUCGGAAUUCAUCGAGGCAUCCUGGAAACGUCAGAAGCUGAAUAUGCAGAAGCAAAUUCCCAACCUCCCACGCCAGGCAUCCCCGACGGAUUUGCGCCUUGACUUGCACGUCAGUGGCCAGCACCUUCAGGAUAUUAUGGCUGGGUGGGCUAAGCCCCGAAAACGUGAGACUGAACUUGUCAAUAUGAGUGUGGAUGAGGCCGCAAAAAAGCACCUCAACGCAUUCGCUGCACUUCAUUUCGAGUUGGUCGAAAGCGAAAUGGCCUCCAAGCAGUUUUGCCUCGAGCCACCGUCAUCGUCAGCCCGCGAACAGCGAAAAGUCAUCGGUCAAGCUUCCCAAAGAAUCCACGGCUAUUUGGAACAGGCUACCAAGUUGUACCGGAACAAUCCCCAGCUGAUGAGUACUGCGAUUCUCAACCUCAUGGACCUUUGGGUCAGGAUGGACAAGGAUGCCUGCGGUCUUUACCCACUGUUGCGAGAAUAUCAUCCCGUGUUCCUCCCCAACAUGCUGGAUGUUUUACUGGCUUCGAAUUUCGACGAUAUGGAACGCGUGCAGAAAAUCCAGCUCUACCUCCAGGCCAGAAUCGCGGCAUGUGAAAAAUCCGCCCCGGACAUCUUUGGGGAUCCAGUUUGGGGAUCAUUUGGCCACAGAUUCUACGAAGAGUCUCCGGAGUCCGCCCUGUUGAAAGACCUUCAUGGAGAGAUUGAGCACCAAGCUGAGAAAAUGCGAAUCGCAAAGGAGAAAGAAUGGAAGAUCAAGUCCGAAGAGUACGCCGCCCUCUCAAAGAGAAUUGAGGACGCGGCUUGUCUCUACAUAGUCGAUGAAAACAACCCACUUGGUCGCGGAAUUCACUCCAAGAGUUGCAAUCGCUGCCACAUGAUGCACCAACUGACGAGGAUGCAUAUCAGAGCGUACGAGCAUCCACUCCCAUCAGAUCCAGUGGUCGCUAAGGCUGUUGUUUUUGAGCUGGCGUGCCCGGGGCCGUUUGCCACCUACCGAGAUACAACUUGGCGAUUGAUUGGCACAUUGGCGAUUCCCUUUUUCAAGGACGACACCAAACCCAGGUGUUUCAUCAGAGACUAUGAGCAGCUCAGCGACUUUGCCAACGAGAUCACGAUGAGUUGUUCCUUGGCAUCCAAGACAAAACCAUGUAAGAUUCCCUCUCCAUUGGGGUGGAACCGAACUAACCAAAAGCUUACAGUCUUGACCACGCACUAUUCAUCUUUGUGCUUCCCAGUUGAAUGGGAAAGUCCAAAUGGAAAAGAUGGCGUUUGCCGUCCAAAUGGCCUGAGAUUAACCUUCUUCGAUGAUGAAACGAAAACUUGGCCUAGCGACCGGAGCCCACGCCCGACGUUUCUGUCCCACGUCAAGCUGCAGAUACCCAACUCUUCUCCAUUCUCGAAGCUACUUCAAGACUCGGCUUUCGUCGACAAUGUCCAUGGGCCAUCUUCAUACGAGAUCGCUUCGACAGCAUCAAAGUGCCCUUCGGGUAUUAGUGCUCACGAGUACCUCGCCUUCCAGACAAUUGCCUCUGGAAAGUCUCGUCGAUGGCCAUCCAUCUUGACGGAACUCGGCUCAGCCAAUCUCAACUUCUCGAAUGAGGCUACCAUGCUGCUACUUGCCCACUUGACUGCUCAAUGCGGUCCUCGUGGAGAUGAGCAAGACCCAUUUCGAUUAGUUCACGCCACUUUUCGAGAUGGAUUGUUUUGCGAAAAGCUCAUCGAGCAGCUGGCGCACCGUCUGGACACUUUGUCCGCAAAUUGGAGAGAGACGUAUCUCAUGGAGACUGUUAUCUCACUGAGCCUACGAAUUGCCGAUCUUUCUAUGGCCGCAAAUAUGAACAGCAUCGUUCGGGCAGCGCUGGCUUUGCUGGCUCGGGCUAGAUCUAUUUGUGUUCGGUGGUUCAAAAUCCUCCGUGCGGAAACGUUCAAGGUCACAGACUCCGAGACGGCUCAGCGUUUCCAGCAGUACGCUUUGUGGGCAGGCUUGUUGUGUAAACAAACCUUCGCACUCCAUGCUAUUCGGGGUUUGGAGCUCGAUGAUGCUUCCAUGGAAUCAUUUAUCCAAGGGAGUAUUAUGGUACAAGACAGCUUGGUCGUCGAGCUGAAAUCGUUGCCUAUAACUCUGCAACAUGCUGUCAUUCGGGACAUGAGAUUGUCAUACACUCUUUGCCAAAGUAUCACCAGUGCGAUUUUGUCGAGGCCCGAUGUGUUUGGGUCUUCUCUGAAGGAAAUGUGGCCUGAAGAGGAACAGUGUGCGAGAAGGUUUUCUCACAUCACGCUUGAGGCACGGGACUGGAUUUCAUGCCGUGCAAUAGCAACCGAGGACACAAAUGCGCAAAGUGUUUUGUAUAACUGUGUUGAGGGCGUGCUGCUUGUUGAUGGAUCUCCCAUGGGGAAACUCCCCAAAGACCGCAGGAAAUGCCUCAUUUUGAAUGAGCUUUUUGGAGACCAGGUACUUCUCACGUACCCGUCGGACCGCCCACGAAUGCAAUACGCUCUUUGUGUGAAGCCCAAAGACUACCAGGUUCAUGUUGGAUUUUCGCCUUCUGGAAAUAUGGUUAUCAGAGCGUUUCAGCAGCCCUACUCGCUUCAGCUAAUCCCAAGGGAGACGUUUCGGAAUGGCGGGAACUGGGACUUACCAGGACCGUUGCUUGAUGACUGCUUCCAUUGGCUAAAUCUCAGAAACGGAGAGGUGAUGAUCACGAAGCGCCAGAGUCCGUGGCCAAAUCGGAACUUCAGAGGGUAUAGACUGAAGCUGCGAGAUGGGACAUGCACCCGGAUGCGCUAUCACGGGAACCAAACAAUUUACGACAAAGUUGUAAACCCCUACAGCCCUCUCUUCACUAGGGCCACUCGGAUUCUUGACUCAUUCGAGUAUCGUCAGCAAAUCAUGGUUGUACAGCCUGGGGGAGGUAGACACCUUCAGAUCGAGUUGCCGCGACUUCAAAUUUUAUUCCACGUCAACAACCAACUGUCACUGCAAUCUCCCCAGCUUCAGUGCGAGAUCGAUCGCAACCAAGAUGCCGGCACUUGGUAUGGCUUGCAAAGCAAACUUGUCUUGCGAAGCAUUUCAAACCCCAUGCAUCGGUCUGUCCUUGUCCCACUCGGGAAGCUUGCCGUUGCAAAGUCAGACGAAUGUCAUGUCGCUGUCCGAAUUGACCCUAACGGCUCAUACGGAAGAUACGCAAUCAACGAAACCUUGGGAAGAGUGGACUGUGCUGCUGAACCAGUAUUAGUUUACACCAAGGCCUUGCUUCACGCAUGCACAUCUUUCGUUCUUCCCGACCCUCUUACCGGUCGAACAGGAACUGAGGAGGCGAUCGAGUGGUUGAAGUCAGGCAUAUCGCAGCCAUGGGCUCCUCUAUCCCAAAUGCCAAUGGAAAUUUUGGAACGGAUUUCUCGACUCACUCCCCGACGUGAAUACUACCCUCGAGACCUACGUUUCAUGCGAACAGAUCACUGGAUUGAAACGCUGCCGGUGACUGUUCAAAGCUCGGCCCUGAGACCAAUUGUGGAGCAUAUUCUAGAGGUCUCCAAAGGACUCGCGGCGUUCUCGGAACAGACUGUUCAGCACAAAGUACUGCCGUCAUCAGGUGACGCCCAUUUGCACAAUCGGGCGCUCCUUCGACAUCAAGCUUUUGAAAGAUACGUCGGAGAUGCAAGCGACCGCCCGUUGCCUGCCGUGAGCAUCUACCAUCCACGCGACCGGCCGUCGCAUACAAAUACCAGGCACCGAAAUGUACUGGAAAUCGUCCACUUGAUCCGUACAUGGCCUCGAAGUUUGGAAACAACAGAGAACCUGGUUCAACGUCUUGCAGCUCAGAACCUGGUCGGUGGCUUUGGCUCAGCCUUUAAGAAAGGCUCUUUGAGCGACCGUCUCAAAGUGGACAUUGUCCAGAAUUGGGGUUCUCUUGUCAAAUUUGCUCAAAAGACCUCUGGUCGAUAUAACCUUAUGUUUUUGCUGGCGCCAAUAGCAUUCCGCAUCGACGCCGAGUUACCGCUCCUUCGUACUCUGGUCGCUUUUGCCGUCUUUAAGGAACUUCGGCAUACGGAAACGCCUGGGUGGAAAGAAUACAAUAAUUUCCAGCCCGAUCAAGUACCCCAACUGGAUCAUAUCCUCCAGGUGCUCAAGCGCUUCGCAACACCAGCUCCCGAAGACGAUACGGCUGGGCUGCGAGAGUUUGCGAGCGCAAAGCAGCAACGAAAAUGGCAAUCUGAGCGAUCAAAACACGAACGAAUGGCGGAAGAUGACUGCAAAUUCUUUGCAAAAUUUCUUUUGGAACAGUGGCCAUGUCUGGAGCCAAGCAUUCGCGGGCUUGAUCGUUCUGUGUUGAUUGACCUCCCCUCAGCGCUGGAGGCAGUCCGCCCGGAAUGGAGACGCCUCUACAUGAACAUGGAUUUGACGAAGCAUUUGCGGGGGGUCCAAAAGAUCUUGGAUCGACGAACAUCCAAGGUUGCAUACGAACUUCCUGCAACAGUUUUAUCCGAGGAAAUCUAUCCCCCGAGGCUCCGUGGGAAAGAAAUACUUGACCUGAAGCAACUGCUAUUGAAGCCUCUGAUCCCUCCACCUGUCUCGCGUCCCUUUGAGAAGCCUGCGAAUCAGCCAUUCAUGAACCAUCCAUUCGUAUCUCAGGAUGAAUUCGUAAAACAGGGCAUGAAGCAACUUGUUUGGCCAGCAAAUACGAACCUUACUUCCGCGAGGCGACAGGUCGGGUAUCGCCAUGCUUCAACAGGCAAAAAGUAUGCUUCUACACCUUUGCCAACCCCUGACGACAUCAACAGGUCAACUUUGGAGUUGGAGAUGAUUUCUAAGCCUUUGGAGAACUCAAGCUCUGCUCAACGACGCCGGUACGCAGAGGACCUUCAGAAAAGUCUGGUAGCAUUUAGGCGCCUUAAUCCUUCAGCGGACGCAACCAGCGAGCUAGUUCGUACAAGGGAAUCAUCGAUUGUUGCAGUCUCUCGAAGUCUUAACGGCUCUUUCGCGAAGAUCUGCUAUGCUCUCAACGCCGUGAGCCAAAAUUGUUCUGUGAGACGGAUCGAGUGGCUUAAGGCAGGAGGCCUUUGGCCAGUCGUGACGAAAGGCUCACUCCUUGGACAACUAAGUUCCAUCUCCUCCCAAGACCUCUUUGGAAGUGGCUUUCGAAAGGAGUUGAUCAAUUUGGGCGUGAUUGUCACAGCCCUUCAGCGGGAAAUCCGUCUUCAUGACCUUGCCCUGAAGAACGCCACGGGACAAUACUACGAGGAGGAGGCGAACAAAGGCCAUUCCAACUGGAAUCCGGAUGAUCACCCUGACUGGUUGUUGUUGGAGAUUGAAUCUAACCUGAUGAUCCGGCCCGUUCAGAUCGAUGUUGCUUUGGCAACAAUCUCUCCCGAGUCAGGGUCGAAUUCAGUUCUUCAGAUGAACAUGGGACAAGGCAAAACCUCUUGCAUCAUUCCGAUGGUUGCUGCUGCUCUUGCCGACAAAACAAGACUCGUGCGAGUUAUUGUUCCAAAGGCAUUGCUCCAGCAGACUUCCCAAUUGCUCCAAUCCAGGCUCGGUGGCAUACUUGGGCGUCAAAUUCGACACGUUCCCUUCUCUCGAAGGACGUCAACGACAAACGAGUCCAUCAAAGCUUACCUGGGAAUCCACAAGGACAUGAUGAAUUCGGCGGGGAUAAUGAUCUGCCAACCUGAUCAUACGAUGUCCUUUAUGCUCAGCGGAUGCCAGCGUCUUGUUGAUGAUCAAAUCCAGCACGCUCGACCAAUGAUAAAUGUCCAGAACUGGCUCACCAGGGUCUCGAGAGAUAUUCUCGAUGAGUCUGACUACACUUUGGCGGUACGAACUCAGCUGAUCUAUCCAUCUGGCUCGCAGAUGACUGUUGACGGCCAUCCCGAUCGAUGGCUCGUUGCCGAAGCAGUUUUACGACUCGUUGAUGCACAUGUGUCAGAACUCUGUUUCGCUUUCCCACACUCCAUCAGCAUAAUUAGAAGGAUGAGGUCAGGGUUUCCACUGAUUUACUUCCUUCGACCUGACGUUGAGGAUGAGUUGAUUCGACGAGUGACGGCUGAUAUUUGCCGAGGCUUGGGUGGUAUUCUUCCGAUGUCCAUCCACGCGAUGCCACAAGCGGACAGAGUGGCCAUCAAAGAUUUCAUCUCUGCCGCCAGACCCCGAAACUCUAGUUUCAAUCGAAUCCAAAAGCUCUGCCCUGAUCGGCCCAAUCUUCGACAGACAAUCUAUCUCCUCCGUGGACUCCUUGUCAGUCGAAUAUUGAUGACAACCUUGAGGAAGAGAUGGAACGUGGAGUACGGCCUCCACCCAAACCGCGACCCGAUUGCAGUUCCUUUUCAUGCAAAAGGUGUCCCGAGUGAGCAGUCUGAAUGGGGUCAUCCUGACGUUGCAAUCCUACUCACAUGCUUGGCUUUUUACUACGACGGUGUCAACUUGGCUCAGCUCAAACAGUGCCUUGAGCACAUUCUCAAAUCGGAUGACCCGUCGGCAGAGUACGACAAAUGGGCAACGAGCAUCUACAAUUACCCAUCUUCCCUCCGAGCCUGGAAUUCCAUCAACGUGGAUGACGAAGUUCAGCUGGUGGAGAUUUGGAAGAACGCCAGAUACAAUGGAGUGGUGAUUGACUAUUUCUUGAACAACUUUGUUUUCCCUAGACACGCCAAACAAUUCAAGGUCAAAUUACAAUCCAAUGCCUGGGACAUUCCAUUGUUCCAGGUGGCUGACGAACCCAACAACCCCAAGAAGCCAACGACCAAGCCAUUGACCACAGGCUUCAGUGGCACCAACGACAAUAGAACCAUGCUGCCUCUGAACAUCGAGCAGCAAGAUCUGCCAAGUUUGCUGCACACAAGCGCUGAAGUUUUGACAUACCUUCUGCACCCACGCAAUCGCCAAUGUGUCCUGCCUCAUCAGUUGAAGAGAAACAGGUUUACAGGAAGAGCAUCGGAGAUUGAUCUACUUCAUGGGUUGAAGGAGAGAUCAAUUCGCGUCUUGAUCGACGCAGGCGCUCAGAUUCUUGAAAUGAACAACGCUACCCUGGCUGAAGAGUGGCUGAAGAUCGAUGGAGGUGCUCUUGCAGCCAUGUUCUUUGACGAAGGAAACAAGCCUUGGAUUGUUAACAAGCAAGGAAGAAGAACGCCCCUCCUCGCGUCACCAUUUGCGGACGAUCUGGGGUCAUGCUUGGUAUACCUGGACGAGGCUCACACCCGUGGCACUGAUCUCAAAAUCCCGCCACAUGCUCGGGGAGCUCUCACACUUGGCCUUGGUCAAACAAAGGAUCAUACAGUUCAAGCUGCCAUGCGUCUACGUCAGCUUGGAACAACUCAAUCAGUGACGUUCUUUGUUCCUCCCGAGGUCCAUCAGGGUAUCGCAGAUUUACAAGGGAAAACUAUUCACGACCCAGUAGACUCUAGUGAUGUUAUCGAAUGGCUCCUUGACAACACCUGCGAAAGUAUUGAACAACUGCAACCAUUGUUCUACUCUCAGGGAGUCGACUACUGCCGGCGUAUGCAGGCUUCAUUGGACAACCCCAUGUUCUUGACGAUCAAGCCACAGCGGGAGAAGUACGUUGCUACAAUCAAGCAAGAUGAACAGCAGACGCUACAGCAGUUGUACGACCCAAAACCGAAGGCGCGCACACUCGCACCAAAGGAAUCGACAAACGGACAUCUCAAGGGGUUCAUGAAAGACCUCAACUCCCGACGAAAGAGAUUUCAUGAUAAUGGACGAGCGGUCCACUCCUCCGCGCUACAGCAAGUCGAACAGGAGCGAGAGGUCGCAUUUGAGGUGGAAUCGGUGAGACAGGUGAAGAAGCCGUACCAUUACGCAGCGCAUUCAUUCCCGGGGCUUCAUCCCGACCUGGAGAUCUUUGCGCGAACAGGGCGAAUGCCAGCGGACGCUCAUUACUUCACCCAUGUGUUUUCAUCCCUGUCCAAGACAGGGCUUGGUCGCAAGUUCAGAGUCUCGCGGAACGCCACAGAGUCGAAGCUGUUUGUGACGGGCGAGUUUGAAAAGACGAUCAAGCAGAAGCUUGAUAAUGCAAUGGACAACUUUUUGCGGCCGGUGAACUGGCUACUUUGGAGCCCCAUCGCGGAGACGGCUAUCGUCAUCAUUCCUGAAGAGGCAGAUGCCCUCAUCCCCAUGUUGCGGGAUCCGGAUAUCGCAUUUAAGACGUACCUCCUCACUUAUGCUGCGCCGAUUACCCGCAAGAUGCUGCAGUUCAACGACUUGACCUACUACAGCGUCCCACCACUUCCCAAGGAAUGGGUCGCUCCAAAGUGGCUUCGCGUUGAGCUUGGUGUUUUCGCCGGCCGUCUCUACUUCGAAUGGAGCGAGUACAAGCACAUGUGCGAGCUUCUUGGUAUUCAAGAAGGUGUUGUGGAAAACGAGGACCUGGAUGUUGUGAUGGCGAUGGACGGCGCCGGCGACGAGGUGGUGCCAGAGGGUGGCCUGCGAUCGACACCUACGGUUCAGGUGGACGAGAUCAAGUUUGCCAGCAGGCCCUUGACCUUCAUGCAAGAAUGGCUUGCGGUCCGCCGUCGUGGCCAGGACUUCGCACACAGCCCGAUGGGAUUCGUCAGCCAAGGCAAGCCUCUUCAGUCCGAACAUCCCUUCUUUACCCAAACCGAGCAGGAGACUCCAGACGAGAGAGACUUGGUGCUUGCUCCAGUCACCCAUAAGCCCGGCACCGAUUCCCCGAGUUACGCGGAUGACGAUGACUACCAUGGUGUGGAUGACAUGGGCGCCAAUACGGCCGGGGACAGCGAUGCAUGCGACGAUAACAUUGUGUACGACGAGUCGGAAUAUGGCAGCAGCAGAAGUCGCUCCGCGGGUGAGUCUAGCAGCGGAUCAGAGUAGUUGUGGAGCGGGAUAUAUUGUGACGAAUAUUCUGUGUUGGACUUGGGUCAUCUUGGAAGGGCAGAGAGAACAUUUGGCAGUGUCUUAUGCACUCAGCCUGUUCUGCAUAUGACCAAAAUGUUGAUUGGGAAGGAAUUGGGUUUGGUUAUUUGUGUCUUUGGUUGGCUAAUUUUUGUUUGAGUAUG